AUGCCCAUCAUCGUCCGCAUCUUGCGUCAUCCACCGGAGUUGCUUGAUCGGCACACGACCGCUGCUUACGACACAGUUCACCUUGCCGCCAGGGUGGGCAUCAAGCGCGCCAUCUUGGAUCGUGUCAUUCGCGCUGCUCUCCAAGGAGACGAACUCCCCAUGCGUGCCGCCGCCGCGGCGCAGCAGGAGCACGAGGCCUGUGGCUGCCAUCUUGUCAAGAACCUGAAAGAAUGGUUGACGAUUGUUUAUGAUCUUGUUGCCGACGGCAUCAAUAUGGGACUUAACCGUGGGGUUUUCGGAAACUCCCUCAGACUUGGAAAGCACUAA